UUUUUGUUUUCUAACUUUUCAGCUUUGCAUUGGUAUCGGAGCGUUGUGCCCCCUCUCCUGCUGCAGGGCCCCUAACUGGCCCCCUACUCGGAGGCCUCCCAGGGUGCGCGCUCCUGCUGCUGGCUCAACUGAAAGCCCAGCUAGCACUGACGCAGAUAAACAACGCUUUCACCGUCCGCAGCCGACCGUCGAACUUGACAACCAAUUCAAACACCCUUUCUCCCUUUAUACCCACAACAGCCCCCUCCCCAACUGCAGCGGCGAUCAACCUCCUCAACCUUCUGAAGAUCACAAACGCCAUGUCCCAUCCAAUGUACAACCCCUAUGCCCAUGGGAACCAAAGUUCCUCCCAGGGGCAGUAUGGACUCCCUAACAUCCCGACAGAGAGGGACCCUCGGAGGGUAGCCUCCCACCUUCUUCCUGGGUCUGGCUUCGGCCCUGCUGGAGCUUCUCCUGCGGCUCCUGCCAAAUCUGGGGCGAUGCUCCCAUCACUGCUGUCCCCAUCACUGCUGCUCCCAUCACUGCUGUCCCCAUCACUGCUGCCCCCAAAGAUGAGCUACAGGCCUGACCAGGGUCGGGCCAACAUAGAUGAGAACAUAGAGAGGUCCAUAGACAUGCAAAUUAGCAGGGCCAGAGAGGAGGUGAGGCUUCUUAACCAACCAACACAUCCGCCCAUAGACCAGGGCCCUCGCUAUACCAGUCCUCCAAGCGAGGGGUUUCUCUCCUCACAAGGCACAGGGAGGUCCUCCUACCCAAUGCCCUCCAGCUCUGCCUCUGUAGGACAAAGACAAUCAGGAGCUGAAAGUGGCAGUAGCUCAAUGGACUGGUCAUCACUCUUCAAAAGGCCCCCUUCUGAAGAUUACAAUACAUUUUAUCCACCACCUGCUUCGUCCAACUAUGCCAGCGCUGAUAAUGGUAGGUUUAAUGCCUCCAGUGAAAGAGAACGUGACAGGCAGUCCAUUCCAGGCUUAGGUGAUGGUUUUGACUACCCGCGGCCAGAUAAACCUGCUCCUGCGCCUACAGAGUCCAGUCGACCCAAGUACACCUCUGAAUCUGCGUCCAACAUCCUUGUGCACUUUGGACUUCAGAAAGAGGACUUGGAACAUCUCAUCUCCUACCCCGAAGACCAGAUCACCCCCGCUAACCUGCCGUUCAUCUUGAGGCAAAUCCGCAUUGAGAAGACCAAGAGAGCCACGGAUGACUCUCAGGCAAAACCCCAACCCCCCAGAACUGUGAGUGGACUGGACAGUCAACAUUUGAGCAGUUCUGGAGGGCCAAGGAUGCGGCUGGAGGAAAUAUCAUCAGCUGUUAACCAGCUAAGUAAAGUGAUAGACUAUGGACAUACUGGCAAAUAUACAGGAGGUGUUGGAGAUGAGAUUGGGAGAGCCAGUGGUGGUAGUGGAAGUCUGAUGCAAAUGGACACUUACGAUAGUAGCAGACGCAGUCGAGAACUACUGCAAACAAGCUCAGCGGAGGUGAAAAGCAGUGCUUUGGGUUCUUCACGAGACCAGACGAGCUCUAUUUCCAGUCUCAGUUCUUCAUACGGUUCACGACUGAGCUCUGGGGCUCCCCAAAUCCAUGAUCAGACUAAACGAUUGCAGAACCCACCAAAUCAGACUCCCCAAUCCCUCCUUGGCUCUUUCUCUCUGCCGAAGAAAGACACAGACAUCCGGCUUCUCAAGUCUGAGCCCCCUAAACACGGCACUUUGAAAGAACUGCCUGCAGAUCGGCAGCCGACGUCCAAAACCCAACCACCUGUUUCUCAGUACCACGGUGUGCACCCCAGCAGACCUGGCCUGGUGCUCAUUGGCAGUAAUCAGGCCAGUGGCACCAAGGUUCAGGGUAAAACUCAAGGACAAGGGUCUACAGUUCCGGAGCAGAUGAAAAAGCAGCAGCAACCAGUUCAACGGCAGCAGAUGCAGAAUCAGCCGAGGCAGCAUCAGGUUCAGCAGCAGCACCAGCAGCAGCAUCUAAUACCGCUGAUAGGACAAUCUCUGUGGCCACCAGGUUAUUCUAUGACUGGUGUCAUGCAGCAUCCUGGUGGUCUGUUCCCCGCCGGUGCUCCUCCAGCUGCAACACAGCAGAUCCCGGGCCUGAUGAACCUCCCUCCUCCGCCGGUGCCAGCAUCCAAGACGCAGACUCAAGCAAUUCAACAGGUCCCCAUAAGUGUGCUGACUGUUGCCAUGAUGCAUGACUAUGCGGCGGCCUCGCCGAGAAUCUUUCCACAUACCUGUUCUCUGUGUAACAAAGAAUGUACUCGUAUGAAGGAUUGGAUCUCACACCAGAACACCGCCCUUCACCUUGAGAACUGCAGACUCCUCCGAACACAACACCCACUGUGGGAUGGUGAGAUAGGGUUCAAAUCCAGUGCUGCAGAUAAAGAUACCAAGCCCUCGCCCAAAACCUCUUCCCAGUCUUACCAGCAGCGUCAGAACACCAGACGUGGAAGCCGCUCUCGUUCUUAUUCCCAUUCCCCAAGCCCCCGUUGCCAUGGCUCGGAGGGUAAAAGGGAAAAACGCAGGAGUUCAUCGCGCUCGCCGCAAAGCUCCAGACACAAUCGCAGGUCCCGGUCUCGUUCAUUUUCUUCUCGGUAUAACUCCUCCCGCUAUCGAUCACGAUCAAGGAGCUCUGAGAGAAAAUGGUCGCCAAGGAGAGACAACCAAAGGACCUCACCAAGGAGGAGAGACGACAGACGAUUAUCCCCAAUGACUAGCCACGAGAGAUGGUCAUCUCCGAGCAAUAGCCGCGAGAGACGAUCACCUCUGAGGAGAAAUGACGAGAGACGAUCGCCACCAAGGAGGAAUCGGCAAAAGAGGGAAAGCAGUGCAGAAAACCUGGCUAAGAAACUCCUGGGAGCAACAGCUGCGCAGUCUUUGGCGGACCCUUCUGACCUGGAGGCCGUGGUUAAAUCUCUGGCUCCUGCCUUACUGGCCGAGCUAGCCAAGCUGAAGUCUUCAAAUGCAUCUUCCUCCUCCUCCACCUCUGCAACAGCAGGAAAGCCUAGGACUAAAAAGCCCUCUCAGGUAAAUCUGAAGAACAUG